AUCACAGGAGAGAGAUAAAAAGGUGAAGUGGCGGAGGUAAAAAAAGUGGAAAAGACACGGGGAGAGUAGAGUGAAACGCCAGCGCGGUGUAUGGUGUCGUACACUCGGACUAAAAGGCGAGCGUAGGGCCUAGGCCAGCAAUCGAAUCGACGUUGGGUUUGGUUGGCUCUUUGGCACGGUGGUGGCUCUGUUCUGUUCCUACUUGAGAGUGUGACCGAACACACACCGCGGUGUGUCCCCCCGUCCGUCAUAUUCCCGGUUUGAAAGCAAGGUUGCGACUAGUUGUUGCGACGCAGGAAGGUGCAGUGAAUAGUCCGGUGUUCACAGAGAGCGAUAAAAUAAUAGUAACUAUUAUUUGUUUGGAGUUGAACGUUGAUAAAUCAAGUGAUAACGAGUAAUUUUGUGUCUCACCGGCCAUGGAGAAGCGGAUAGAACUUGAGAAGAGAGGAAGGAAUCCCGCCGAAAUCACAGAAUUUGUCCUGGACAACUGUCGGAGUACCAAUAUCGUAGGCCUCACAGAUGAAUUCGUGGCACUCGAGUCGCUCAGUUUAAUUAAUGUGGGUCUCACCAGUCUCAAGGGUUUUCCUGUUCUACCAAAUCUUAAGAAGUUAGAGUUGAGCGACAAUCGAAUCUCUGGUGGUUUGAAUCUUCUCCUGACGAGCCCAAAAUUAACACAUCUCAACUUAAGUGGCAAUAAAAUCAAAGACCUCGACACACUACAACCAUUGAAAGAUUUCAAAAACUUGAAAAGCCUGGAUCUUUUCAAUAAUGAGGCUACAGACAUGGAUAAUUAUAGGGAGAAAGUCUUCAGUCUAAUCCCUAGUUUAAGAUAUCUGGAUGGAUUUGAUAUGGACGACUGUGAAGUUGAUGACAGUGAAGGCGAAGAUGAUGAGGUGAACGGAAAUGAUGAUGGAGACGGUGAUGCUAACGAGGAAGAUAGCGAAGAAGUUUCAGAGGAAGACGAUGAGGACUUGGACGAUGAUGAGGUCUGCUUAGGAACUGUCUACAAGGACGAUUUAGAGAACGACAGUGACGAGGAGGAUUAUAUGGGUGAAGAGGAGGAGGAGGAAGAUGUUGAUGAGGGUGACAGUGAUGAGCCAGAUGACGAAGAUGGUGAGGUGGUUGAAGAAUCAUCUCCAGCUCGAGGCAAGAAAAGAAAACAUGAAGACGGAGGUGAGCCGGGUAACUAGAGCAUCUCGAAUUUUUUUCGAUACUGUUGAAUGAGUGUAAAAUUAUUAUAUAAAUAAUAACAAUAAUGCGCCGACGAGUGAGAACAGCUGGGAAUCAAACAAUUACAAGAAAAAAAAAUGAAUUAAAUAACUAGAAGACCGACCAAUGACAGACACUUAGUAUAACUCUAUCAGUUAAACCACAACCCAAGCAGAGAAACGACAAGAAUUGAAGGCAAAAUGAGGAGUAAAUAAAUAUAAACAAUCAGACUGAAACAAUUGUCUGUGGAGAAUUAAAUCGAUGAAUUAUUAACAAGAAACGAGAAAAUGAAAAAAAAAUAGAGAAUGAGAGAGAAAGAGAUGAGGGAGCGAUAAUGGAAAGGAUAAUGAGUAAAGAGGUGAAUAGGGUUGCAUUCCAGCCCGACCCAACACGUUUUAGUUAUACUAACGAUAUUUUAUAUAGAGUAUAUAGUUAGAGAAUUAGAAGUGUUGCACAGGGGUGAGGAAUCUGUGAUGAAAUGAAAUAAAAAACAAACCUUGAGGAUUAGGUAAAUAUCUCAGCAAUGAAUUAAUUUAGAGGGAAAAUGAGCAAGAGAUUUUUUUGGUUGCUGACAAAAUUAUCUGGAACAAGUCUCUUCAGAUUUCUGUCCAAGACUAAUGCUCAGACGAUUCCUACAUCAAGGAAAUGACUCGAUCAACGUUUUUAUUUCACUUCAAAACUAAUAUCGAGGACUUGAUAACAAAGACCUUAUUUUUUGUUGUCAAAUUGUCGAUGAGCGUCGCAAAGUUCUCAGGAGAGGAAAAAACGAAGAUCAAGAGCUGAAUAAAAUGAGAGAACAUCCAGCAGACACAGCUAAACUCUCAAGAAAAUAAUGGAGCGCUAUUUGUCUGUUAGCUCCAGUCGGCCAAAGGCUGGUCACGCUGGAAUGCAAUCGUCGUUAAUCAGUACUAAGAUUACAUAAGUUACAUUUUAAAUACAUUAUUGUACCAUUAAUUCUUAAAUGAUGAUGAAAAUUAACGAAGAAAUGAUGAAAAAUAUUGAGGAACAACUUUUUGUACAGGUUUACAAAAUAAACCGAUGAUCGGAGAUGCACGUGUUUUUUUUCAAAUUGGGUAUAACACAUGUUUCAAAUUUUGGGACAGAAAAUAAAUCAGAUUGUAUCAACGUUAUCAGCCACUCUCACUCGCACGGCGUUUCUCGGCAGUUAAACGCCCAUUUGAUUUUUUAUUGAUUAAUAUAUAUUAUAUAUAUAUUUUCGCCCUUUGACUUUAUUCUCAUCUAUUCAAAUCAUGGAUUUAUGAUUAAGGAGUUGAUUAUAUGAUAAAAGAAGAUAGAAAACGCUCAAUGAUUUGAUGAUUUAUUUCGCAUUUUCAUGGUUAUUAUACGUUUCGAAUUGUUCAAUUUUCUUCGUAAUAUCGUUCUUCAUCACAUGAUAUUUUUUUAUUGUCUAUUAUGAGAAUAGAAGGAUCUAUAUCUAUUUAAAAUUCCAUUAAUCAAAAAACGAAACAUCAAAAGAUCGAAAAAAUAUCGUGUUUCAUUUAAUUUCUGUCCCAAAACAUUUAAUUGCGCAGAACCACCACUUCAUUAUUGGUGAAUUAAUACACAAUUCGUUGGUGAAAAUACGGGAGGAAAUCAAUUUAAUUAUUCCAUUAUGAAUAUUUUAAUGAGUAUUUCGGGGACUUGAGAAGUAUCCAUAGGAGAGAAUGGUUGCAUCGUGUAACUGAAAGAUAUUCUUCCCCUUCAAGUUCUCGCAAAAUAGAAUUUUCUCCAUAGAAUUCUCUCGCAAAAUAAAAUAAGUAUAGAUCCCGAGUCACUCCAGGGUGACAAUUACUGUCAUUGAAUUAAUCAUCAGUUAUCAUUUUGAUCGAAAAUAUCAAAGAAUUGUAACAAAAUUGGCGCAUAAAUUGAAAUAAGAAAAAUAAGAAUUGUGGAGACAGAAUUUAAUAACUUAGCGGUAAAGACGAGUGGACUGUGCAGACGUUACUGACUAAAAAAAAUAAGAAAAAUUGAGGAGGUGAAAGAGAAAUUGACAUUGACCAUUGUAGAGUGGAUGAUUGGAGUGUAGAAGAGUGAGAAUGUAAGAAAAGAUUGGUUUUAUAAAUAAAUAAAAAUGAACAAAAAAAUACAAAAAAA